ACGCAGUGCGUGGGUUACGGUUGCGAUGGUGACGGUCUCCGCCGCUGUGGGGAGACGCGGUGUUUGGCGGUGGCGGCGCCUCCCGGGGGCCGCGGGGUAGUGGGGGUCCGGCAUUCCUGGCGGAUGGAGCGGUACAGCCUCCUGGGCCGCGUGGGGGAGGGAGCGCACGGCAUCGUGUUCAAGGCCAAAGACGUGGAGACUGGCGAUACGGUGGCCCUGAAGAAGGUGGCCCUGCGUAAGCUGGACGAGGGAAUCCCGAACCAGGCUCUGAGGGAGAUCAAAGCUCUGCAGGAGAUCGAGGAUAACCAGCACGUGGUGAAGCUAAGAGAAGUGUUUCCGCACGGCACAGGCUUUGUGCUGGUGUUUGAGUACAUGUUGUCUGACCUGUCUGAGGUCAUCCGCAACUCCGAUCGACCUCUGACUGAGUCCCAGGUCAAGGGUUAUAUGAUGAUGCUGCUCAAGGGCCUGGCGUUCUGUCACGCCAACUCCAUCAUGCAUCGGGACCUGAAACCAGCCAACCUGCUGAUCAGCUCCACAGGACACCUGAAAAUCGCAGACUUUGGUCUGGCCAGAGUUUACUCCAACGAGGGCGACAGACUGUACAGCCACCAGGUGGCGACCAGGUGGUAUCGGUCCCCAGAGCUGCUGUACGGAGCUCGCAGAUACGAUGAGGGUGUGGAUCUCUGGGCUGUGGGCUGUAUAUUUGGGGAACUCCUGAACAAUUCCCCUCUGUUCCCCGGGGAGAACGAUAUUGAGCAGUUGUGCUGUGUGCUCCGUGUGCUGGGGACCCCCAACGAGACCAUCUGGCCGGAGAUCACCGAGCUUCCCGACUACAACAAGAUCACCUUCAAGGAGAACCCUCCUAUCCCACUGAGACACAUCGUUCCUGACGCCGCCCCCGAGGCUGUGGAUCUGCUCCAGAGAUUCCUGGUCUAUCCCUCGGCUCGGCGCAUCCGAGCAGCUCAGGCUCUCCUCCACCCCUAUUUCUUCACGGAGCCCCUCCCGGCCCACCACUCUGAGCUGCCCAUCCCCCACAGAGGCACAGCCAAAACACGCCAGGCUCUACAGCACCAGUAUGAGGAGCAGGUGGAGAGGCCCCUCAGUCUGUCUUGGCAGUUCACAUCAGACCCGGAUCUGGCAGGAAUAGAGGGAGAGGUUUUGAGUGAUACACAGAAGUCUUUGCUUCCGACUGCUCCAGAACAGCAAAAUGGAUCCGAACCUCAGAUGGGAGGAUGGAGAUUCGGAAAACAGUCGAGGGAGAGAGAGAGAGAGGGGGGACCGAGAGAGAGAAGAGAGAGAGAGAGAGGGGCGUGUCUCUACUUCUAACCAGUCACCAACUUUGACAAUCCUACUCCUGCUUUAAGUGUCACUUUGGAGAGAGACAAGAGCGAUAUAGAGAGAGGGAGAGAGAGAGGAAGGGAGGGUGACGGGGUGAGAGACCAAGAUAGAGAGAGAGAUAGAGUGCGAUUGACAGGAC